AUGUCAGCUGGUUACGGCGCAAACAUCACUCAAAACCCAGAGAGCCACCAGCUUCCAACUGUUUUCGAGUUACUUGCUCAAGAUAAUUUGGCAUCAUUGGUGACUCCAGCACUUCAGCAUGUUUUAAAGGUUCUAGCACAGACAAGACCUGAUUUGUUUCAAAAAUGUUUCCAGUAUUCAGAUGAAUUAAUAUUAGGAGUUAACUUCCUGGUUGAGUUACACUUUCUAAAGACUCAUGCUGCAUCUUUUUCCGAAAAUUUUUACGGAUUGAAAAGAGUUUACACAAGUUCCACAAAAGUAUCAGAUGUUCCCUCAUCAAUUAAACUGCCAAGCAACAUAAUUUGUAGGUCUCUCUUCUGUAUGGUACUUUAUCCAUAUAUAAGAAGAAAGUGUGAGAAGAUUUACGACUCAUCUUAUCAAGCUGAGAACAACGCACAAACAAAAUGGGCAUCAAAGUUCAAACGAGCCUUUCUCACCAUCUAUCCUUACAUUCACACAUCUUUGGAAGUCAGCUCUUUGAUGUUUCUCGUUGGUUAUUUGUUGGGGUCCUUACGACAUCAUUCGCCGUUAUUAUUAUUAUGCAAAGUCUGUUUGACGAGAUUAGAAGGGGAAGAUUUAAUAAAAAGUAACGCGGCUCCCUGGAGCUCUCUUCUCCAACUUGAUUUCAGUGUGGCUAGUUUGAAAACGUUCCUAUUGAAAAUCGUUGCGUCGACUGCUGCACUCUUUAAGACUAGUCUAACACUCACGAUGUACUUUCUGCAGUUUCUUGAUUGGUGGCAUCAAAGUGGGCUAUCCUUGCAGUCACUUCACAAGCUUCCAACACCUGAUUAUCCCAAGAACAACUUGUUAACAAAUCUUGCGAACAAUGUACCGAUAUUUUCUUUAUGUCCACUGUGUCGAAAGACAAGAUGUAAUGAAACGGCACUCGCUGUUUCAGGGUUCGUUUUUUGCUACAAAUGCAUUUACUCGUACGUACAGUCAAACAGCAAAUGUCCUGUUACCGGAUAUCCGUGUAAGUUGGAACAUCUCGUCAGGAUUUUCGCGCCCGAUAAUUAA